CCAGCGGAGUCUCUUUCAGGGCGCCAUCUUAUAUCGAAGAGUGUUUAGUUAGUAGAAUCUUUAACCAUCGAACCUGCCAUCCACUCUCUAACAAAAUAGUUCUGGCUAUAUUAGUUAUAUUAAACGUAAAAGAAACUUUAUAGGUUAUGGCCGAUGGUGAAAAGCUCAAUGUUGACAGCAUUAUAGCUCGGCUUUUGGAAGUUCGAGGUUCAAGACCAGGAAAGAAUGUACAACUUACAGAGGCAGAAAUUCGAGGGCUAUGUUUAAAAUCGCGAGAAAUUUUUUUAAGCCAACCGAUCCUUCUGGAACUGGAAGCUCCGCUCAAAAUCUGCGGCGACAUUCAUGGGCAAUACUAUGAUCUUCUCAGAUUAUUCGAGUAUGGCGGUUUUCCACCAGAAUCGAACUACCUGUUCUUGGGAGAUUAUGUAGAUCGAGGAAAACAGUCACUGGAGACGAUAUGCUUGCUUUUAGCAUAUAAAAUCAAGUAUCCAGAAAACUUCUUCCUUUUACGAGGAAAUCACGAGUGUGCUAGUAUUAACCGAAUUUAUGGCUUUUAUGACGAAUGUAAAAGAAGGUACAAUAUAAAGUUAUGGAAAACAUUCACCGACUGCUUCAACUGUCUUCCUGUAGCAGCUAUCUUGGACGAGAAAAUAUUUUGCUGCCAUGGAGGUUUGUCGCCUGAUUUGCAAUCCAUGGAACAGAUUCGCCGAAUUAUGCGGCCCACUGAUGUUCCUGACCAAGGAUUACUCUGUGACUUGUUGUGGUCAGAUCCCGAUAAAGAUGUCCAGGGAUGGGGAGAAAAUGACAGGGGGGUGUCCUUUACCUUUGGCCCAGAUAUUGUGUCUAAAUUUCUUGCCAAGCACGACCUGGAUCUUAUCUGUAGAGCUCAUCAGGUUGUAGAAGAUGGAUAUGAGUUCUUUGCUAAGCGGCAGUUAGUGACUUUAUUCUCUGCUCCUAACUACUGUGGAGAGUUUGAUAAUGCUGGUGCCAUGAUGAGUGUGGAUGAAACCCUUAUGUGUUCCUUUCAGAUUCUAAAACCUGCUGACAAGAAAAAAUUCCCUUAUGGUGGUUUGAACUCUGGCCGUCCAGUUACACCACCACGUGGCCAACAAGGAAAGGGGAAGAAAAAAUGAUAUUUGUGUUUGAUAUCAUCUUUGGUUUGGACUGUAAUAUAAUACAUUGUCGUACAAUUUAGUUAUUUUGUAGAGUAGAUUGGAUAGAACUGAAGAUUAUUACACACUCCAGUUGUCAUAUUCUACAGAAAAAAAUAUGACAUAAAUUGUCUUUGAAAUUUUUUUACUAUAUUUUAUGCAUACAAGUAUGUUAAUUUGUUGAUCACAUACAUGUACUUGCUUUUGUUGUAUCUCUUCUUUCCUCUGUUAUCAAUCAUAUUGCAUACAAAUGUACAUUUUGUCAUUCACAUUAAAGAUGUUGCAAAGCCUAGAUGCAGAAAAUGUGUUCAACAUUUAUGCAUUUAAGCAACUGAUGCAAUAGGAGAUUUUGUGUAGGAGGCAGUGACAGUAUUUCUGGCUAGCCUUGAUCACUUUGCUUUUCAUGUUAUGUUGGCUACAAGGAGGGGGAAAAAGCAAAACAACACAGACUACCAUACUACUCGCAAAAAAGCCACAACAAUAAUUGUGACUCAUUAAGAAGCUUUUUGAAAAAGGCAUAUUAAUAAUGUACCUUUCUGGUAUCUAAAAACAAUGGUAGCAACCACCAAAAAGAAGUUGAAUUGUUAACACCCCUUUUACAGUGUGAGAUUCAAGUAGCUGCAUACUGGGCACAGCCUCUUUUAAAAAAUACUGCUUUAGAUCUAAUGUUCUUUGAAUGAGUGCCUUGUUGCUGUUCACUAGUAUGAGGCUUAUUUAAGGGUAGCACUUGUCAAAAUUUUUGUAGUUAUGAGUGCUGCUUACUUGAGGGUGUCUUGUUGAGGACAAAUAUGGUAGUCAAAACAGUCCAGAAAUACAAGCCCUGCUGACUAAGUCAAAUAUUAUCAACAGAUAUAGGACUUUCAUAUCGCACUGUUAUGGAAUGUUGUAUUCUUAGUCAGUGUCCACCCCUCUUGAAUACAUGAAGGAAGCCACACUAAACUGAAGGUUAUCCACUGCAAGAAACAAAAUCAUCAGUGUAAAAUAAUGACAAGGGAAUUUGUACUAUCUUUUGUAAUAAAGUACAAGAUAGAUUUGGGGGUCAUGGUGGGGAAGGAUCUAGUUAUUAGUUUCUUUUUUAUUGUACACUAUAUAGUUGUGUGGAAUUUGAAGUCAUUUCAUAAGCAUUAUUUGACCAGUGUAUAGACAGCCUGUGUUACAGCUGCACCCAUGAAACAGUAAAAGAACAAUAAUGGAGAGAGAGUCUGUUUGAUCCUUUUGAUUAUUAGUGUUCCUUACAUAAAUUAGCCAUGCAUCAACAGUGUGAUACUCCCAGAUAACAAAGGAACUUGCACUUGCCCUCUGCACUUGACCUUUGUGCGAGACAGUUAAAGACCUUUGAAACUUCUUGGAAAAAGUUUUUGGCCAUAAAAUGCCAUUUAUCUGGCUUUAACUUCAAAAAUCAAAAUCUUACAAAAGUGUAACAAAUUAGCCAACUGUGGAGAUACUUAUCAGCACAACCGAUAAAGCUGAGUUCAACAUUUUUCUUUCAAUUUUUCUUUCAAUUUUUUGUUCAGGAAGGGUAGCUGUAACACAGGCCAAUGUUUUUAACACUCAAAUCUGAAUCUAAUUAGUUCUUACAUUUUUGUGAUGCUAUUUUGCAAUUUACUGACUAGCCAGUGCAACCCAGAUGUAAUUAUCUUGAGGGCUUCUCAUUUCAGUAUGCACAGCAUUAAAUCUCCAUUGGCAAUUUCUUUCUUACCAUGGAAAUAUAUUAUUUGUUGCAAAUUGUACUAUACAGCUGUGAUAUAAAUUGUGAAAGAGUUAACUGAACCUUGACACAUGUACUUUUUUUAGAACGUCUUCUAGUUGGGAAGUUACUAACAUCCUUUACCUAACAUUUUUUGUAUGCCACUCCCUGAAAAAGAAGCAGAAUGAAGAGUCCUUGUUACAAGAUUGAUUUUACACUCAUAUGUUCACUACAAGUCUGUUCAUGUUGCUUAUGUUGGGUGAAAAGACAUAGACAAUUUUCCUUUGUUACCUUCAACAUUGUUUACAUCUGGGUUGCACUGUCAUAUUUUAAGUUGCCCUGUUGAUGUCUUACACUGAAUAUUCUAUGAGAUUUGACUUUCCUCUCAUCAACAGCUCAUUCCUGUGUAGUAUAUGCAAUAAGUUUUUCACUUUGAUGAGAGCAACAAUAAUAAUAUAACCAUAAUAACAAUAACAUUUAAAUUCAAUGAGUCCAUUUUCAUUCUGUGACAAAUCAUGUAAGAUUAAUUGCUAGUUAAUUUUGGUCUGUACAUAUAAAGAAAGAAAAUUUGUAUCGAUUGCAUUGCACUUGUUGUUCACUGCUUAGCUGGUGUCCGUCUAGUGACCUGUGAAGCUGUCAUGUUCCCCUUGCUGAUUACUGCAGAGCCAACUAAGACUUUUUGAGAGGAAAUUUGCCGAUAGAGCAUUUUCACUUGAGUGUUGAAAGUAAUUUGGUUUUGCUUAGGUUUAGCAAUACUAUGAAAAGAACAGUUGUUGGUGACUGAU